UCCGGGGGACACUGGAGAGUGACAGAGAUCCCCAGCCAAUCAAGCAUCAGAGAUGGGAGAAGGGGCAAAGGCUGGCAGCAUGGGGCGGGAGUAGGCGGAUCCCUUCAGGCCGCGGCUUUGUGGGAUUCAAGGCUAUGCCCACUCCUGCUCUGUCCUCUUAAGAGCCUUCAGCAUGGAGUUCCCUGACCACAGUAAGCACUUGCUGCAGAGCCUGCGAGAGCAGCGACACCAAGGCUUCCUCUGUGACUGCACAAUCAUGGUGGGCAGUACCCAGUUCCUAGCACACAGGGCCGUGCUGGCCUCCUGCAGCACUUUCUUUCACAUGUUCUACAAGGAGCGGCUGGACAAGCUGGACCUAGUCUGCAUCAAUAAUGAGAUUGUCACAGCACCAGCCUUUGGGCUCCUGCUGGAGUUCAUGUACCAGGGUACACUUGCCUUCAAUGACACUCCAGUAGAGGAUGUGCUGGCAGCUGCCAGCUACCUGCACAUGAAUGACAUUGUCAAGGUAUGCAAGAAGAAGCUUCAGGCACGGGCACUAGCGGAGGCUGACAGUACUAAGAAGGAGGAGGACUCCCCAGCCAGCUCUGAGUUCCUGCCUAGCACCUCCAAGUGCCAGCUUCAGAGCCCUGAUAUCUUGCCACCACCUCUGCACCGGUGUGAGGCAGGAAAGAACAAGAAAGAGGAGUGGAAGAACAAUCCCUUGGAGAAAGCAGGCCCUCCACAGCCUCCUGCACCAACUGCAGACAUGGCCGAUACUACCCAACCAGGAAUGGAGGGUGACUCACCCCGUGGACCUGUCUUGGGCAGGCCUCUCCCCCCAGCCUCUGCAGAUGUCUCCCUACCCAGCCCCAGCAGCUCCACUGAAACCAUCCCCCAUAGCUACUUCCCCCCAGGCAAUGUGUCAGAGGCUCCAUCCAGCCUGGAAACCAUCCCUGAGAACUUAACUGUGGAGCCACGGGUGGGCAGCUUAGAUGGCUUUUACCCCAAGGAGCUGGACAGGGGCCCCAUCAAAGUGAAGGUGGAAGCCAUUGUGAUCUCUGAUGAGGAGCCCGACACAGUGGAGCAGCUGGAAAGGCGGAGCAUGGAGAUGAGGAUGGAGAGCAUUUUCCAGAGGCCCACAGUGGAGGUGGGGCCAGCUGGGGGCUGCAGCCGACACCCCAAUGGCUUUGAGGAGCCCAGUGGCAUGGAGGAGGUAUCCUCAGAGGGUGGCUUCCUUCCACAAGAACAUCUUCCCUACCACAUGAUCCCAGUGCCAGGUGGACAGGGCUACUCCAGCAUGGUGACACCACCACUGCAUGAGCAGAUGUACCUGCCAGAGUACGAGGCACACCCCAACUUCGGUAUCUUCACUGAGGAUGUUCCCACCUGCAAGACAUGUGGCAAGACCUUCUCCUGCUCCUACACACUGCGACGCCAUGCCACUGUGCACACACGUGAGCGCCCCUAUGAGUGCCGCUACUGUAUGCGCAGCUAUACCCAGUCUGGGGACCUGUAUAGGCAUAUUCGCAAGGCCCACAAUGAAGAUCUGGCAGCCAAGCGCUGCAAACAGGAUGUGGAGAACCCCUCGUAGUGAACCCCGCUGUGCCCCACUUGGGGAUUUAGGACAGGCCGGACUUCUCGAAACCAUAGGGGAAGCCUUUGGAUUCUCUCCUGUAGAGAUGGGUUGGAUGUAUGGUGAGGCCCCCCUGGAUGCUAGCAUGGAACUUUGAACUCUAAUCAGGAGCCACAGCAACCAUCAGCACAGGGACCUCAUUGCAAAUCAGGAGCUGCUCUGGUUCAUACCCUUGAUUAGUUGUCUUCCUACCCAAACCACAUGUAAGACCUCUGUCCCUGCCUGAAGGAGUCACUGUCAUUUCUUAUACAGGGUAGUUCUGUUCUGGGCACACUACACUGGCCUUUCCAGUUUGGACUGCUGCCAGCUUUGUAAAUAGUUUGGAAACAGCUGUGUUGAUCAGAAUAAUUUAAACUAUCCAGAGAACACUUUCACAUAUAUUUAUGCUCAGAGUAGGCUGCAGCAGCUGGGAGCUCAGGCCCAGGACAGCAUCUGACUAUCGAGGGUUAUUAUUGCUCUGGACAGAAGCGCUGUACAGAGGGGGGUUUAAGAGUGAUUGCUUCAGUGAGUUUGAGCAGACACACAUCCUUCACUUUCCCUUCCUGCCAUCCACUCCUUCUGGUGGUUCUUGUUAAUCUUGGUAGGGCUAAUUCUGCCCAGAUAAUUCCUCCUUGAAGGUUAUUCUCAUUCCACACAGUCCCCCUUAGACAAAGGCUCCCUGCUGUUAGGGUUUUAUUUUUAAGCAAAUCAUGACUUAUCAAGAGAAGUAAAGUUAGUUUUAAAAAAUGGUUUCCCCACUGAUAGGAGUGGCCCUUUCAGCUCCUCUCCCCCCACAAAUGAGCUACCAGGGAAUACAGGAAGCCACCCAACAUCCCAAAAGAUUAAAUUUCCAGCAGCUAUGGGGCUUUAGAGACAACUAGCCCUUCUGCAAAGUACCCAAGAAGGGACAAAAAGGUUCUAGUGGGUUAUUUGCAGGGGAUGGUUUAUAUGUGUAUUGCUAACUGGGGUCUUUGGUUAUCAGGGCAAAUUGAUAGAAAGCACCUAAAGCCAGGAAACCAAAACCCUGAUAGGGGCCCAGGCCAAGAGUUUCGGAUUCCCAGUGUUGUUUCCUAUGGCAACAUUCGGACUCUCAACUGUUCCAAACCACCCCAUGGCCCUAGGUAGCUGCUCUUUAAGCUAACGUUGUCCCUGCCAGUCACUACAGCUCUCUCUUCAAACACUGCCCUCCACAGUGAAUGCAGCAGGGUUCCUGCUCACUCCACGGGGAGGAAGCGUCUCAGCACGCUGAAGUGCUGCUAAACGGUCCUCAUAUUUAUGCUACCAAACCCAACAGCGCAGUCACCUUUUAUCUGAUUCAUUGUUUGAUCGUCUAAAUAUAAAGCAGAGUGAAAGUACUCAUUUCUGUACAAAGCUGGGAGUUAGGGGUCAUGGCCUAGGAUGUGAGUUCAAUAGUAAAACUAGCACCAGGUGCUUCCGCUGUCUGUGCUGUGGUCUCUUCUCUCUAGCACAUUUUGGGUCAUGACGGGUCAGCUCUGCUGCAGUCCCAGCCUCUGGCGCAGGCCAGCAAGUCCUGUGUUUAUCCACAGGACAGGCUAUAGCAAUGCAAACUGCACAACUCACUCCUAUAGUGGAGGAGGGAUUUCAGUGUUUGUGGCUCUCACCUUUAUGAUACAGCCAGUCUGUCUGAGGCAAUCCUCCUGGUUAGACGGUCAGUUAGCCACUACCACUCUGGAAUGGGGUAAGAGCAGGUGAACAGCACCAAGCCUCUGUAUCUCUGACUGAUGGGAGCUGGUGGAGGCAGUAACCUCUAGUUUAUGGAAUGCUGCUAAUAAUGGCAGGAUCAUGAGAAGAAUGAGGGGGGCAGUAUGUGUAUGGAUCAGUUGAGCAUAGAGAGAAGACAGAUAGGCUUCUGGCUAGGUCCAGAGAAGAGCCCUCCCUCCCCACCAAGCCAAUUUCCAAUGGAAUUUCCAACUUCAAACUGCUGUAUACCUAUUUGCAUUAGCUAGGCUCCAGAAGUAGCACAGGAAGAUCACACUGGUGCCACGGAAAGGGGCCUCCUCGGUGCUUUGUGCUAUGGGCAGAACUCCCACCUAGCUGAGAAUGAAUUUGUAGGAAAAAAUAAAGAGAAUUUUUCCUCCUCAGAGUUGAAUGGAAAGAAAAGAGGGAGAAAAAAAAAAAGAAACCUCACCUACACUGUUCCAAGUCCCUGUUCAGAUCUGUCUGGUGCAGGAGUCCCUGUUAUCAACAUACAAGGACUCCAGAGGACUGACUGCAAGCCUUAUUCCUGUAGAGCAGGAACUCUUAGUGGAUGUUCCAGCCUUCUCAGACAUGUUUCCAGAACAGGAGAACAUCCUUCCUUCCCUCCAAUAAAUCAGUUUUCACAGCAGCAAUGAAGGAGAGGCCUUGGUACAUGCUGCCCACUUUGCAGGGAGCAGAAAAGAUACAAACUGCCAUCUCAGCCUCUACCUGCUCAGCACUAUUAGAAGCCUUGGGUGCUCUAACCCAGCUUUCAUUUUCCCCAUCAGUGAGAGCCCCCAGCACAAAAAAAAAGAAGCAGCCUGUGAUCUGUCUGAAAUGAUGGGCUUCCAGCAAGGCCUCCAGGAGCUUUUACUAACUCAGCAGCA